UGAGAAAAAUUCCUUUGCACGACGAUAUCAUGAAGCGCGUGCUGUCUUUUGAGAAAGUACCUGACGGAGCUAUCUUAAGGCAAGAUGCAUUCAAUGUCAUUUCAUGGCGGCGUCAUAGAAACUAUUCUGUUUCAAGGCUGGCGCAUUGAUAACGCGCAGGGUAUGGUCGGUUCCGUAAUCGGUGUCAUUCUUUUAACCGCAUUGUACGAAGGGCUAAAAUCUUAUCGUGAAUAUCUCUUCUCGCGCACGACGUUUCUCAGGAAGAACCAGCAGAGGAAAUCGAGAAAUGCACUGUUGUUUUCCGGAGUGCAUUUCUUUCAAACGCUUCUGCAUGUGAUCCAAGUGGUGCUCGGCUAUUUUCUCAUGUUUAUUUUUAUGACGUACAACUACUGGCUCUGCAUCGCUGUUGGAGCUGGAACAGCUCUUGGAUAUUGGCUAUUCUCGUGGGAAAAAAUUAAUAAUAACAAUACAGAUUGUUGUUCGUAAAUGCACUUUUAAAAUAUUAAAUUUGACAUUUUUUAAUUAUAUAUAAAACACAUUAGAUAAUUAAAUAUUUUUUCUAAUAAAAUAAUCGGUUCUUUGAUUAUAGAAGCAGUAUAAAUUGCAGAAGCUAACGUCAGAGUGGUAGCCAAUAUUUUACUAUAUUUGUGUGCAUGUAUACAAGAAUAAAUCAUAUUUUUCGUAAUUAAUUAAUACAGUAGUCUUUUUAUUCAAUUAAUAGGCGUGAUAGCGUCUCGCGGAACAUAUAUCUAAUAUAGCAGCAAACUUUGUUAAAAGAAAUUAAUUAUUUAUAUCUGAAUGAACAAACAAGUCUCAGGUUAAUAAUUUAACUUAUUCUUGUACAUUAAUCUUUAAUCGAUACAGUUUUACAUUUUGAAGAAAGUGUAUGUAUGACAACUUUGAAGAAACCUUAUCUAAUCUAAUCUAAUUUAUGGCCAGAUUUCAUUUAUUACUGGUAUCGGUGUUUCAUUUAUCAGCAGACUGCAGACGUAAGUCAAUUCUCUGAUGUCGAAUAUUUCGUCAUUCAUCGAAAAGAGCGUUUAACACGAUGACGAAUAAUCAAAGUAGCUCAAAAAUUUGUUGUUCGCAAUCCAAUGAGCAUCAGUUUAGAUCAGUCCGUCAUAUUAUUUUCGGAUGGGACAGAUUCAAUUCCAUAUCGUGGUUGUUACUAUUAGUGCUCUUCUGCAUUUGGUGUAUAACGUUUUUCUGUACUUACGAACCGGGACCGAUAAAAGGUGAUCAUGAUCAUGAUCAUGAUCAUCAUUAAAACGAUGAAUGUGUAUGGAAAAAUGAAAUAUAAUUAUUACUGAAAAAUGGAGAAAAACAUAAGACUGAACAAAAUUAUCAACGGAAUAUGAACGGAAUCAUUGGACUUUUACGAAUUUAAUAAAAGGAGUUUUCUGAGAGAAAAAUUGAAUA